AGAAGCUACCUUUUGUUUACUUAACCGUAGGAGUGACAACUUGCCACAUGUCAAAAUAUAUUUAACCUCAUUUAUUUAUUAAAAACAUUUCAUUUUAAAAUGCAAUAUUUUUGAUAAUUCGUUCGAUUAUGGGGUCAGAAACAGAAAUUCGUAAUCGUAAGCAUCGUAAACCAAACCAUUCGAUUGAUGGAAAUAAUAUCAAACAAAAAUUACCAUACGAUCAGGAGAAAAAAUCGAUACAACAUGAAGAGGAUACGACUAAUCGUUAUGAUUAUUUGAAGGGGCAAGGUGAUAAUAAUAAUGUAAAAAUUGUGGGAAAUACUACGGAAAUUCCUUCAUUCAAAGAAAUUUCUAAUAAGUUUCGAAUUAAUAUUGAAAUUGAUAUUUUUUCUGUGUGUAUAUUUUUAAUUGCGUUAUGUUUACGAUUGUAUCGUCUUGAAGAGCCACGAAACAUUGUGUUUGACGAAUUACAUUAUGGAAAAUAUGUAUCUUUAUACAUGAAAAGAACAUUUUUUUUCGAUCCACAUCCUCCAUUGGGCAAACAAAUGAUUGCCGCUGUAGCAUAUUUAGCUGGUUACAAUGGCAAUAGUAAAUUUGAUCGAAUUGGUAACGUUUACGCAGACACUGUUCCUUUAUUCGCAUUACGCUUAGUUCCAGCUGUUUGUGGAAGUUUACUAAUUCCGAUUGUGUACAAUAUUUUGUUAGAAAUUGGAGUAUCAGUACCUAGUGCCGUAUUAGGUAGUAUUUUAAUUCUUUGUGAUAAUGCUUUAUUAACACAAUCACGUUUUAUGCUUAUGGAGUCCAUGUUAAUUAUGUUUUCGCUGUUUGGAAUCCUUUGCAUAUUAUAUUUUCGCCGUUAUUACGAUCGACCAUAUUGUAUACAAUGGUAUUUUUGGUUAAGUUUAGCAUUUAUUUCGUUUACAUGUGCAAUGUGUAUAAAAUUUUCUGGUAUAUACGCAAUGUUUUUGGGUGUUGGAAUUUUGGUUAAAAUGUUUUGGAAUAUUUUACCAAAUCCAAAAUAUUCGGAUCGUAUGCUGCAAUUAAUGUUAUUUGCUCAAAUUUUUGUUGCCACUGUUUGUACAGUUGGAGUAUAUUUAAGUGUAUUUUAUGUACAUUUGUUGGUGUUAAAUAAGGCUGGUUCACAUGAUUCAGUGAUGACUAGUGCAUUUCAAGCUUCGUUGGAAGGUGGUUUGGCGUCUAUUACCAAAGGGCAGCCACUUUUGAUUAGUCAUGGAUCACAAAUUACUCUUAGGCAUACUCAUGGCCGUACUUGUUGGUUACAUUCACAUCCUCACGUUUACCCCGUACGCUAUACCGAUAAACGGGGCUCAAGUCAUCAACAACAAGUUACGUGUUACUCAUUUAAAGAUGUCAAUAACUGGUGGAUUGUCAAACGUCCAGAAAAAAAUGAUUUAGUUGUGGGUGAAACAGUCGACACAAUUCGUCAUGGUGACAUUAUUCAACUUGUACAUGGUAUUACAAGUCGGGCAUUAAAUUCACACGAUGUAGCAGCUCCAAUGUCACCACAAUGUCAAGAAGUAUCAUGUUAUAUUGAUUAUAAUGUGUCAAUGCCUGCUCAAAAUUUAUGGCGAGUUGAUAUUAUUAAUCGUGAUCAAUAUGGCGGCAGUGAUGAAUGGCAUACUAUUCAAUCACAUGUACGUUUUGUUCAUGUAAAUUCUAGUCAAGCAUUGCGAUUCACUGGUCGACAGCUUCCUGAAUGGGGUUUCAAUCAACAUGAAAUCGUGACGGAUAAAAUUAUUAAUCAAGAUGAUACCAUAUGGAAUGUUGAAGAACAUAGAUAUACAAAAACUGACGAUCAGAAAGAACGCGAACGUCAAUUAGUAAAUGCUGAAAUGAUUCCAACAAGUGCAACACAAUUAUCAUUUUGGGCAAAAUUUCAAGAGUUACAAAAGAAAAUGUUGUUUUUCCAACCGCCAAAUAGUGGGGACCAAUCACAUAUGUAUAGUAGUGAACCAUUAGAAUGGCCGUUGAUGACACGUGGUAUUGCUUAUUGGGUGUCAAAUACUAGUAAUGCUCAAAUCCAUUUAUUAGGCAACAUAGUACUUUGGUAUUCAUCCACAAUAUGCAUGAUAUUAUAUUGUUCAUUAUUAGUAUUUUAUUUAUUACGUCGUCGUAGACAAUGCUACGAUAUUCCAGAACCAGUAUGGCAUGAAUAUCAACUGUACGGUGAAAUAUUUGUAUGCGGUUAUUUAUGUCAUUAUUUACCAUAUUUUUUUAUUGAACGUACAUUAUUUUUACAUCAUUAUUUACCAGCAUUUACAUUUCAAUUAUUAUUAAUGAUUACCUUCAUUCAACAUAUCUAUUAUUUAUUAUCAAAUAAUAUAUUAAACUUUAAAGUUUAUUAUCUUUACGUUAUCAAAUAUUUAUAUUUAAUAUUUAUAGUUGGUUGGACAUGUUGUGUGAUACAUGUUUUUAUUAAAUUUAUUGUAUUAAGUUAUGGUUUAGUCGAUUUAUCGACACAGGAUAUUUUAAAUUUACGAUGGAAAGAUACGUGGGAUUUUAUUAUACAUCGAAACGUUUAAAAUAAUUUUUAGAUAAUAAUAAAUUUGGGUAAUUACAAUAACGCAUUCUGUCGCGACGUGCACAUAUCUUCAAAUAUUAUUUUACACUUUUGAUUAAACUAGAAUUGGAAAUAUAAAAAAAUUACCUAACUUUUUUUUGUAUCUUCGGUUGGCUCACGUAACAGGUUUGGAGAAAGUGUUGUGUUCGAUUUCCUUCAUAAACUAACACAUCAUUGGUCUAGAAAUUGAAAAUUGAUAAAGAGUCUGUGAUAUUAAUAAUUCUUGAAAUGGGGACACUAAUCCUGGCAGUUAAAAAUGGAAUUAGUUUUGACUUUUGAGGCUAUUUAGUUUCAAGUAAUCUUAAGAUAUUCAGUUUUAAACUAAAAAUAAUUCAAUUUUCUUGCCAUUUACAAAAUAUUAGACUAGUAAUCAAAAGAUUAACUGAAUAGAAAAAAGACUACCGUUUUGUUAAUCUUUUUAAAUAAUUCCUUUUUUGUCGUCAAUUCUUAGUAUGAUGAAAUAAACACAUUUUUGAUAUGUAUGACUACAUACCUUAAAACUCUAUCAAAUUCUUAAAACAAAUUCUCCUGGUUCGGCGAAAUGGCCGGAGCGUGAUGCAAAUUAUUUACUUUAAAUUUUCUAUUUCUUAAAUUUUGACAUGUUCAGUAAUUUUCGAUCAAGAAGAAUUGAAGAAAUGUCAAAGCUUCUAUUUGUUAGACAAGAAAACGGAAAAGAAAAAGAGGAUAUGUCUAAAGAACAAUUUGGGAACUUACAUAGUCUCUUAAAACUUAAAUUUUCAAAUCGCAGCGAUAAAUCAUUUUCUGUUUAACCGAACUUUUACAAUAAGAUAUAGUUUUCUAUUUGGAUCUGAAUUUUAGUAACUAUAUUUUCUGAUCAUCGUGGUCAGAGAGUGUAGUACGCCGUGACAGAUUGCGUUUUGAUUACAAAAACUUUAAAAAACUGAUUUAUUACUAUACAAAAAUAGCAUAACUUACAAUAAAAAAAAAAAAAAAAACAUAAAUGAAUUUAUAC